UGCUUCUGUAAUUUAUAGACAGGAAACUGAGGCACAGAGAAACUACGUAACUUCUCUAAAACAUUUAAUUGAAUUCGGACCUGUAUUAAGAUGCUCUGAAGAACAUCGGUUGGGAUGUGCACUACAACACUAUGGUUAAUCUCAAGCCACCUAUCAUCAACACAUUCCAUUUUAUCCUCAUCUUUGUAUUGAUCCUUGGGAGUGGAAUCCAACACUCUUUGCAAAAUGAAUUUAUAAGCAACUAUUCAAACAGCCUUCUCAGUCAUGUCCCACGUCUCCUGUCACCAAAAACAACAGUCUUAGAUUUAUCACUAAACAAUAUAACCGGGAUUCAGAUUGAGGACUUCAAAUUUCUACCAAAGCUGAGAGUUUUAAGACUUUCUCAUAAUAGGAUCCAGUACCUUAAUAUCAGUGUUUUUAAAUUCAAUAAGGAUCUGGAAUUCUUGGAUUUAUCCCACAAUAACUUAUGGAAUAUUUCUUGCUAUCUUCUCAAGAAUCUCAUACAUUUAGACCUCUCAUUUAAUGAAUUUGAGUCCCUUCCUAUUUGUGAGGAAUUUAAAAAUUUGACCCAAUUAGAUUUUCUGGGACUGAGUGCUAAAAGGAUACAAAAAUCAGACUUAUUACCUGUUAGUCAUUUAAAUCUAAGUAACAUCCUGCUAGAUCUAGAAAGAUUUUAUGGGGAAAAAGACAAAUUGGAGAGCCUUCCAGUUUUGGACACAAAGAAACUACAGAUUAUCUUCCCUCCAAAUAGAGCCCUCUUUAUGCAAUUGAAUAUAUCAGUGAACAACUUAAGAAGUUUAGAAAUUACUAAUAUUAAUUUAAAUAAUGAUAAAUGCUCAUUUUUCACUGAUUUUCUAUCAAAAGUAAUUCAUAAUUCAAAAUCCCUGAAUCUUACCCUUUGCCAUAUUGAAGACACUUGGAAAUGUUUCGUGGAAAUUCUUCAAUUUCUUUGGCACAAGCCUGUAGAAUAUCUUUAUAUCUACAACUUAACAUUGGUGGAAGAAAUUUCUUAUGAGCCAUUUACAUAUGAUGAAACUUUGCUGAAAGAACUGAAAAUAGAGCUUCUCACCCUCAAAGUUUAUUUGUUUACACAGACAAAUAUAUAUGAUAUCUUUUCAGACAUGAACAUAAAGAUGUUAACGAUAUCUGGUACCCGUAUGGUGCAUAUGCCUUGCCCCUCUAAGCCUAGCCCAUUUCACUAUUUGAACUUUGCUAACAAUCUUUUCCCAGACAGUAUUUUCCCAGACUGUGAAAACUUAAGCCUCUUACAAACACUUAUUUUACAAAAGAACAAACUAAAACACCUUUCUAAAAUAGCUGAUAUGACAGAAAAAAUGAAGUCCCUGAAACAUUUAGAUUUAAGCCAGAAUUCUAUCAGUUAUGAUGAAGAGAAGGGAAACUGCAAUUGGCCUGAAAGUCUGUUGGUUCUGAAUUUGUCUUCCAAUGAACUCACUGACUCUGUCUUCAGAUGUUUACCUCCUAGUGUCACAGUACUUGAUCUAUACAGAAACAAAAUAAAGGGCAUUCCUAAAAACAUAUCCAAUCUGGAAACUUUGCAAGAAUUAAAUAUUGCUUUUAAUUUUCUAGUCGAUCUUCCAGGGUGCAGUACCUUCAGCAGCCUUUCUGUAUUGAUCAUCAAACACAAUUCAGUUUCCCACCCAUCUGCUCACUUCUUCAACAGCUGCCAGAAUAUUAAGUCACUACAAGCAGAAGAUAACCCAUUCCUGUGUACCUGUGAGCUAAGGGAAUUUAGCAAAAAUAUGGCCACACUGUCAAGCAGAGUGGUGAGUGGAUGGCCACAUUCAUAUAAGUGUGCCUUUCCAGAUGACUAUAAGGGAACACUUUUAAAGGACUUUCACAUGUCUCCCUUGUCAUGUAAUAUAGUUCUGCUGAUUAUCACUAUUGUUCUCGUUGUGUUGGUUCUUGUGAUCGUUACAGCUUUUUUCUGUAUUUACUUUGACUUGCCAUGGUAUCUGAGGAUGAUAUUUCAGUGGACUCAGACCCGACACAGAGCUAGGAACAUCCCCUUAGAGGAACUUGAGAAAACGGUCCAGUUCCAUGCUUUUAUAUCCUACAGUGAACUGGACUCUCCCUGGGUGAAGCAAGAGCUACUUCCAAACCUCAAGCAGGAAGAGAUAAGAAUUUGUCUUCACGAGAGAAACUUUGUCCCUGGAAAGAGUAUUGUUGAAAACAUCAUAAAUUGUAUAGAGAAAAGCCACAAAUCCAUCUUUGUUUUAUCUCCCAACUUCAUUCAGAGUGAGUGGUGCCAUUAUGAGCUUUACUUUGCUCACCACAAACUUUUUCAUGAAUGUUCUGAUAACUUAAUCCUCAUUUUACUGGAACCAAUUCCCCAGUACAACAUUCCUCCCAAGUAUCACAAGCUGAAAGCGCUCAUGGCACGAAGAACCUAUUUGGAAUGGCCCAAGGAGAAGAGUAAACAAGCGCUUUUCUGGGCUAACAUCAGAGCAGCAUUUAACAUGAAACUAAAUUUAGUUGAAGAAGCUAAUAACAUUGAGAUGAUUUAAAAGUUUU